GCUCGCCCGCCGGCCGUGAGCGGCCACUGAAUUGGAGUUCGGGAAUCUGCGGAGAAGCCAGCGGAGUCGCCGACAUGUCGUACAUGCUCCCGCACUUGCACAACGGCUGGCAGGUGGACCAGGCCAUCCUUUCGGAAGAAGACCGGGUGGUGGUCAUUCGGUUCGGGCACGAUUGGGACCCUACGUGCAUGAAGAUGGACGAGGUUCUGUACAGCAUCGCGGAGAAGGUUAAAAACUUCGCAGUUAUUUACCUUGUGGACAUCACGGAGGUGCCUGACUUCAACAAGAUGUACGAGCUGUACGACCCGUGCACGGUCAUGUUCUUCUUCAGGAACAAGCACAUCAUGAUCGACCUGGGCACCGGCAACAACAACAAGAUCAACUGGGCCAUGGAGGACAAGCAGGAGAUGAUCGACAUCAUCGAGACCGUGUACCGGGGCGCCCGCAAGGGCCGAGGCCUGGUCGUGUCCCCGAAGGACUACUCCACAAAGUACCGGUACUGAGCACCGGCCGCAGGCGGGGCGUGUGCGCUGAGCAGCCGCUUCCCGUGGAGACACGUGGGACUCAAAGCCUUUGCGGAGGAGUUGGGGGAAGCACGGGCCUGCGUGGCCCGCACCUGGAGGGGGCCUGGCGGCCGUACUUCCACGCUGGCGGGCGUCUGUAAACACCCAGCUGAAGUAAACGAGUGUGCGGAGACGGGGGCGUCCCAGUGGUCGGCUCCUUGUGUCGGUCACAGCUCGCGAGCAGCUUAGUUCUCCAGCCCCGGAGUGGAGGGCGGGGGUGCCCUGCGGCUGCUCUGGUUCGCCCCCUUGGCGGUGGGGUCUCCGUUUCCCAGGCUGCAAAGGGCCAGAGCCUGGGCCGCCCACACCACCCAGCAGACGUUCGUGUCUCAACAGCCUGGAGAGUGGACAUCGGGGCCCCAGGCGUCUCCCAGCCCACCCGUCUCAGCUCUCAUCUUCUCGAGGCCUUCUCCCCGAGUUGUGUGUGUGUCCAAAUUUCCUUUUUUUUUU